AUGAGUGCCGCUGUCGCGGAAGAUGGCCUCGGGGCCGAAAAGCGUCUCUCUUCUUCCGUUACUACUGCAGAGAAUGAGAAGAACGAGGAAGGAGCCAGGGACGACGCCCCCCUGGACGAGGCGAGACCCCGCCCCGAGCGAACCGCAACAUUCAACGAUUACCUGAGAGUAUUCACGUAUGCUUCCAAAUGGGACUUCCUCGCCUACGCUGCGGGCGUGUUGGCAUCCAUCGGUGCCGGCAUCACCCUGCCCCUCAUGAACGUUGUAUUCGGCAACUUCGUUGGCAGCUUUAGCAGUUUUUCAAACUUUUCCGCCGGAGCUGCCGGCAUCACCAAGGCCGAUUUUGAAUCCAGGCUGGACAGGCUGGCAUUGUACAUGUUUGCAUUGUUUAUCGGUCGUCUUGGACUCAACUAUAUCAACAAGGCCCUUUUUGCCCAAAGCAUCCAUGUCUUGGACUCGAUGCCUCCUGGAUACGCUACCACAACCAUCACCAGCACGAGCAACACCCUGCAGUUGGGCAUCUCGGAGAAGUUGGGCGUCUUUGUGGAAUUCUCGGCCACCAUCAUCGCCGCCAUAGUCAUCGCCUUCACCUACAAUUGGUUGCUGACUCUUGUGACGGCAUCCUCGAUUCUCUUUAUUGCUUCCACAGUCUCGAUACUCUUGCCGUUCAUUGUCAAAGGCAACACAAGGGUGACAAAGGCCGAGGGCAAAGCCGCCGCUGUUGCCAGCGAGGCCAUGGCCAGCAUCCGCAUGAUAAUGGCCUGUGGUGCCGAAUCUCGAAUCGCCAGCAAGUAUGCGGCCUUUGUUGAAGAGACCAAAAAACAUGCCCAGUUCAUGUCUCCAUUGAUUGCUCUUCAGUUCGGACUGAUUUUUUUCGGUGCCUUUGCCGCCUUUGCCCUUGCCUUCUGGUUCGGCAUCAAGUCGUUUGUCGACGACUCCCGGGGCAAUCUCAGUACCAUAGUCAUCGUCUUGUUCUCUGUCAUGAUGGUCGUCUUCUCCCUCGAGAGAACUUCAACGCCAAUGUUGGCUGUUAGCAAAGCUACGGUAGCCGCCUGCCAAUUCUUCACCGUCAUUGAUGCCCCUGCCCCGACCAAGGGCCACCUCGGAGACCCCCAAGUGUCUGCCACGGAGGACAUUGUGUUGGACGACGUCACCUUUGCAUAUCCCAGUCGGCCUCAUGUAAAGAUACUGGAUGCGUUAGAUUUGAGGAUCGAGGCUGGAAAGAUUACGGCAAUCGUUGGCCCAUCCGGCUCCGGUAAGAGCACCAUCGUCGGCCUCAUAGAACGGUGGUACAGCCUCAAAGAUCAACAUGUCGUGGCCAAGGCUGUGGAAAACAAGAAGAAAAAGAGGCGCUCCGAGUCUGACGAUGAUGAACCCGAGCAAGGACAGUCCGAGCCCGAGGAGACCGGUCCGCCCGUCAAACUCGGCGGCACAAUAUCCACUUCUGGUCACCAGCUCGAUGAUAUUGACCUGAAAUGGUGGCGAUCGCAAAUCGGACUGGUCCAACAGGAGCCCUUCCUGUUCAACGAUACCAUCUACACAAACGUCGCCAAUGGCCUGGUAGGUUCCCAAUGGGAACACGAGCCGGAAGACAAGAAGAGACAACUAGUCGAGGAAGCAUGUAAAGAAGCGUUUGCUGACGAGUUCAUCGACAAACUCCCCGCGCGCUACGACACACUUGUGGGAGACAGCGGCGCCAAGCUGUCAGGAGGUCAACGCCAACGGAUCGCCAUUGCCAGGUCGAUUGUUCGAAAGCCCAAAAUUCUCAUUCUCGACGAAGCCACCAGCGCCAUUGACGUCCGCGGCGAACGGAUCGUGCAGGCUGCACUGGACCGAGCUGCUCAAAACCGAACCACCAUCACCAUUGCGCAUCGUUUGUCAACGAUCAAGAAGGCCGAUCGUAUCGUCGUCCUCAAGAAGGGCAAAGUGGUGGAGAGUGGAACGCACGAGGGACUCGUCGCAGUGGAAAAUGGUGUCUAUGCCGGCCUUGUCAACGCACAAACCUUGUCCCUCGGGGCUGAACAUGACAUCGCGCACGCGACCAUUGAUACGGACGGCCAAGGGAGCGCUUUGGAGCGCAAGAAAAGCGAAGCAGCUCCUCAACAUGAUGCCACCACUGAGACCGGGCUCGAAAAGCAACGCAAUCUGGUCAGGAGCUUCGGCCGCUUCUUCUACGAAUCAAAACAACACUGGUAUCUCAUGUGCCUGACGGUGUUUUUUGCGGCGUGUGCCGGAGCUGCCAUUCCCCUUCAGGCCUACAUGUUUGCCAACGUCGUCGUCAUCUUCAAGUACGAGGGCGACAAGCCAAAGCUCAUGUCUGAAGGCAACUUUUGGUCUCUCAUGUGGACGAUUCUAGCUAUUGGCGUGGGACUUGCUUACUUCUUCUGCUUUCUCUUCUCUACUCGACUGGCCUCUAUUAUUCGAAACAAGUACCAGCAGAUGUACUUUGAGGCCAUUCUCUACCAGAAGACGUCAUUUUUCGAUGAGGAGGAUCACUCACAAGGGACUUUGACCUCCCGUGCCUCCGGAGACCCCAAGCAACUCGAAGAGCUGAUGGGAGCGAACAUGGCCAGUGUUUACGUCGCCAUCUUCAGUCUCACAGGAUCAAUCGCCAUCGCCUUCUCGUUCGGAUGGAAGCUGGCCUUGGUGGCUAGCUCCGUUGUCUUGCCCGUCCUUCUUGGCUCGUCGUACUGGCGUUUCAGAUACGAGAUCCAGUUUGAGAAGAUGAACAACGAAGUAUUUGCAGAAAGCUCCAAGUUUGCAUCAGAGUCCAUUGGUGCAUUCCGGACAGUCACCUCUCUGACUCUGGAGCAGCCGAUAUGCCAGCGAUUCGAGGAGCUCUGCAAGGGGCACGUCGUGACGGCCUUCAGAAAGGCCAGAUGGGUCAGCCUCCUCUUUGGCUUCUCGGACAGCGCCACCAUGGCAUGCCAGGCUCUCGUCUUCUACUACGGCGGCAGACUGCUCCUCAGCGGCGAGUACCAAAUCAUGAAUUUCUUCGUCUGCUUCAUGUCCAUCAUCCAGGCUGCCGAGUCUGCCGGCCAAGGGUUGAGCUUUGGCCCAAACGCCGCCCAGGUGACGGCCGCUUCAAAUAGGAUCUUGAACAUGCGCGACUCGAGGCUGCGAGACGACCACGCUGAAGAGGAUGACAUUCCGGAGCCCGAGGGCGGCAUGAAGAUUGAGCUGCAAAAUGUCCACUUCAAAUAUCCUUCCCGGGAAACUCCAGUGUUCCAAGGCCUGAGCUUGACCAUCGAGAAGGGUCAGUUUGCCGCCCUGGUUGGCGCAUCUGGAUGCGGCAAGACGAGCGUCAUUUCGCUGUUGGAGAGGUCUGUUCUACGACGUGGACAAGGGGCGCAUUCUCUGCAAUGGCAGAGAUAUCAAGGACGUCAACGUAUACGCCUACAGGCGACACCUGUCGCUUGUCGCACAAGAAGCAACGUUAUUCCAAGGCAAGUAGCGUCCGGUUGCCAGUCGGUGUCCCUCACCCAGCUGACACAAGACUCAGGCACUCUUCGAGAGAACAUCCUCCUGGGGGUCGACGACCAAAGCGUUACGGACGAACAGCUGCACCAGGUCUGUCGCGACGCCUCCAUCCACGACUUCAUCGUCUCCCUCCCAGAAGGGUACCGCACCAACAUUGGUUCCAGGGGGGUUACGCUCUCCGGGGGCCAGAAGCAGCGAGUGGCUAUCGCGCGUGCUCUCAUCCGCAGCCCGAACAUCCUGCUCCUCGACGAGGCCACUAGUUCUCUGGACUCGGAGAGCGAGAAACUCGUGCAAGCUGCUUUUGAGCGCGCUGGCCGAGGGCGCACAAUGGUCGUUGUCGCGCACAGGUUGGCUACUGUUCAGAACGCCGAUGUGAUUUUUGUGCUGGGCGAAGGUGGGAUCCUGUUGGAGCAGGGCAAUCAUGUGGAACUCCUUAGAAAGAAGGGUGUUUACUGGCAAAUGUGUCAAAGCCAGGCUCUGGACAGGUAG